UGUGUACGGCUGAAUAUAAAUAUAAACUGCAACACUGUAAAGUGAACUCAUGGGCAGUAAAUCGCGUUAUUGUGGGAAAUGCUGUUCUUUAUGGAGGGUCUGUAAUUGGAGAGCGCGCGCGUCAACACCUCAGCUCGCGCGCGUCCUGGGUAUAGUGAGCUGUGCAGCCAGAGGACGCAUUAACGGUGCUGAAGGACAAGAGAGCGUGGAGUUUGAAGCAUACUCCGCGCUAGGUUUCUCCGAGCGGCCACCAGUCCAGCCAGCAGUAGCAGUAGCAGAAUGGCAGACGCUACAUUACUCCUGCGAUGACUCCUCUGAACGACACCGGGACUCGGAUGCACGCGGACACCUCGCUGUUCCCUGUAGGAACCUACAAACUUCUCGCCUUCACUAUCGGAACCAUCGGCGUGCUGGGUUUCUGCAACAAUCUGCUCGUCCUUGCACUUUACUACAAGUUUAAGAGGCUGCGGACGCCCACCAACUUACUGCUGGUGAACAUCAGUGUGAGCGACCUGCUGGUGUCGGUGAUCGGGACCAACUUCACCUUGGUCUCGUGUUUGGAGAGAGGAUGGGUGUGGGACACCACUACGUGUGUGUGGGACGGAUUCAGCAACAGCCUGUUCGGUAUCGUGUCCAUCAUGACUCUGUGUACCCUGGCAUAUGAACGCUACAUUCGAGUGGUACAUGCCAAGGUCAUAGAUUUCCCUUGGGCCUGGAGAGCCAUCACCCACAUCUGGCUUUACUCACUUGCAUGGACUGGUGCUCCUCUCCUGGGCUGGAACAGGUACACCCUGGAGAUCCACCAACUGGGCUGCUCCUUGGAUUGGGCCUCUAAAGACCCCAAUGAUGCCUCCUUCAUCCUUUUAUUCCUCUUUGCCUGCUUCUUUGUUCCUGUGGGGAUCAUGGCCUACUGCUAUGGGAACAUUUUGUACACAGUGCACAUGUUGCGCUCCAUUGAGGAUCUGCAGACAUUGCAAAUCAUUAAGGUCCUACGCUAUGAGAAGAAGUUGGCCACCAUGUUCCUGUUGAUGAUUUUCUGUUAUCUGCUGUGCUGGACACCCUAUGCCGUGGUCUCCAUGCUGGUAGCUUUUGGCAAGCAGAGUGUCGUCUCGCCCACUGUUGCCAUCAUCCCCUCAGUCUUCGCCAAGUCCAGCACAGCUUAUAACCCAAUUAUAUAUGGCUUCAUGAGCAGGAAGUUUCGGCGUUGCAUGUUGCAAUUGCUGUGUUCCCGCCUGGCCCACCUGCAGUGUGGCAUUAAGGACCACCCCCUGACCUGCUCCAGCCAACCAGUACGUCCCAUCGUGAUGUCACAGAGCCGUGAUGACAGGCCUAAGAAAAGGGUGACGUUCAACUCCUCUUCCAUUGUUUUCAUCAUUGCCAGCAAUGACACAGACACUCUGGAUGUCAGCUCCAAAUGUAGUGAGUCAUCAGAGAUCAACGUGAUUCAAGUCCGACCCCUUUGA